GAGGAGGAGGAGGAGGACCCGGCGGCCGGAGCUGCUGAGAGGACGCACAGCUCACAUCCGGGGCUGGUUUAUUCUGACAACGAAACGUCCUACCCGGAAAAAAAAAAAAGACGAGUCCUGUGUAAUCCGAUCACACAAACAAAACAGACGCGACUGUGACAGUGCGACACGAGCCGGCUUUGUUUUCUAAUAUCCGCUGUGUGUGGAGCUUGGUAAAGAAAUAACUCGAGUGGACCAUGCUCGUGUUCAUCAAACUCCUGCCAAACAAACAAGUCUCUCCUCUGCGCGUCGGAGCGGUGCGGGGCGCUGGCUGUGGCGCACACUGACUCUGCAGCAGCUCCGCGGUGAUAUGUGAUAGCAGCAGCAGCAGCAGCAGCAUCAUGCCGUACGUGGACCGGCUGCACCGAGUGUGUGGUUUCCUGGACAUUGAAGAGAAGGAGAACAGCUGCCGCUUCCAGAGACGAUACUUCAUCCUUGACACACAGGGAAAUGCUCUGCUGUGGUAUAUGGACAACCCUCAGAACCUGCCCAGUGGAGCCAGCUUUGUUGGCAGCCUGAAACUAACCUACAUCUCUAAGGUGAAUGAAGCCACACCGAAGCAAAAGCCAAAAACAGAGUUCUGUUUUGUCAUUAAUGCAGUAUCGCGGCGUUACUUCCUCCAAGGCAACGAUGUGACUGACAUGAAGGACUGGGUGGCCGCUCUAAACAAGGCCAGCAAGAUCACCGUUCCUAAAUCUGGCCCUGCACCUCCGAGGUCUGAUGUGACGACGGUGAUCAGUGACACUCAGGGAGGGAAGAGGCAGCAGGCCUACAAAACUGAGAUCAUCGGGGGUGUGGUGGUGCACACUCCCAUCCAGAAUGAGAGUGAAGAGACGGAAGGCAGAGAGAGGAAGGGCAACAGGCUGGGCGUGUUGAGAUGUGGUUACUGUGUGAAACAGGGAAAUGUGCGAAAAAGCUGGAAGAGGCGGUUUUUCACUCUGGAUGACAACACAGUCAGUUACUACAAGUCUGAAGUGGAUAAGGAGCCUCUCCGAGCCAUUCCACUGAGGGACAUCCAGAGGGUCCACGAAUGUCUCGUCAAGUCUGGGGAUCUCCUGCUGAGAGACAACCUGUUUGAAAUCAUCACCAGCUCCAGAACCUUCUACAUUCAGACAGACUCUCCUGAUGAGAUGCACAGUUGGAUCAGGGACAUUGAGAUGAAGAUUCAGGAGUUCAGAGGUCCAACUAAGGGUUUUUCAUUCAAACGUGCCUCUUCUCUGUAUCGGAGUCACAACUCCUCCUCUGUGUCUCGUGGUCAUCAGAGUGAUGUGGGCAGACCCUCGCUGGUCAAGUCCUGCUCUGUGGCACCAGGCUGGCAGCCCUGGACCCCUGUCCCACUCUGUGAGCCUUCCAUCAUGGAUACGGAAGACGAUGACAGCCCUUUCAGCUCCAUCCCAAACUUGCCCUCUCUCUCCUCCUCUUCCACCUCUUCUUCCACCUCCUCCUCCUCCAACUCCCUCUCUACCCCAGCCCCUUGCCCCAGUGCGAAUCCCGGGCCUUCGACCAGUGGACUGGGUCUUCUUACCGCGUCAGGGGACGUGGCGAGCGGGCGUCGGAGGCACCGCUCUCAGCCUCAGUCUCACACCGGCUGCAGCUUCCCCUUCAGCCUUGAUGACGACGGCAUCCGCACCACAGACGUCUAGUUCACUGGAGUCUCAUGUGUGGACUCCAGCAUUGGUACCUGCUUUGAAAUGAAUGUGACUGUUAAUAAUAGUAUUCCCUGCUAAUGAAGUGACACUGUGACUGAGAUUGGGGGCCCCCUGCUGGUCUUGUAGGUACAUUGCAGAUGAAGGAUCACCCAGCAGGAAGGAGACCAGAGGCACAGGGUUGGUUGAUCACAGGACUGUGAAAAGGUAUGAUGGAGUGGUUUUAGUGCAACGUCCUGUCAAAACUUGAAUGGUCUUGUUAGUUGUUCUAACAGACUUUAACAUUUUGGCACAUGCACAAAACAGGAUUGAGUUUUCACCCCCUCACUAGACGUAUUCACAUAUAUUAGUGGAUAAAUAUUAGCGUCCAUGUGUUUUAUAUUCAUACUUAAUUUCACAAACUACCCCAAUUCAUUUUAUUUUCCAGUUGAGCUGAGCAGUGUUUCCCCUCUUUCCUCCUUAGACAAACAUUGGGUUAAAUAAACUUCACCUCAAACGUACCUCCAUUAAUGAUUAACAAGCAUUUAUUAGUACAAUCUAAUCAGGUGUCUGGGGGAAUUAUCCUGUCUCAUCUAAAACGGUACCUGCACUCACAUGCCAACUGACUCUUGUGUUUUCAUCUGAACAAGCAGAGACGAAGGAGUCCGCUGCAGCUUUUAUGUGUUUGCACUAUGUUUUAGAUAACCUUUUUAAUACGUGGCUUCAAGAUCAAUCGUCAGUAAACUGUGACUCGUCUCUUUGUGUUUAACGUGGUACCGUAACAACACACCCGUGUUUUUCCAUGGUACUCGUCGUAGAAUGUACUUCCACUAUCAAAGUACAGCUGAUCAGCUGGUUGUCAGCUUUGUAAAUGUGAUUUUUUAUUUUACUGCAGCGUUACAUGGGAAAAU